GGGUAGUGUGUCGGAUAACGACAUAGUUAAGUUGUCUCUCCUACAUGUCUUAUCUCAAUCUUUUUUAGCGGCUGAAGGUCAAGUCACUGUCAAAGGUAAGUACCUUAAUCUGGUAGAUAACUUGGAAAACUUUAACAAGUAUCCAUGGGGACGUGUUGUAUGGGAUGACAUGGAUACCUAUUUUAGAGCAUCUGUUGCAAGCAUGAAGUCCAAUCCUGAGCACUACAAUAUAUAUGGAUGUGUCCUUGCUCUUCAAAUUUGGGCUUUCGAGUGUUUCCCAAUCCUGACAGACAUUGAACUAGCUCAAUGUGUUGACCCAACUGCCCGUCCGCUUUGCUUGAAAUGGACUUCCACAACAAAAACAACUGCAGAUGUUUUAAAGAACACCAUUUUCUGUAAGAAGCAUUUUGCAUUUGUUCCAAUGCAAAUCCAGAAUGCAGUCCUUGGUGAAUGUUCUCGUGCUACAAAAAAGUCCAAAAAGUGUGCCCUGUCAACUGCUACUGCCACAAUUUCCUCUUCAUCACCCUGACACGCCCCAAAUCCCUCUACCACACUUCAUAACCGUACUCCCAGUUUAUCAUCUCGCACUCAGCCUACCAAACUCAUCCCCCAACCUCUCUUUGUUGCACCAAUAUCAACCUCACCUAUGUGUACCAGGUCGAAGACCAAUGUUUCCAAACAAAACCAAAUUAUCACAAUCCAGUCACCUAAUGCCCAUCCAGGUUCAUCUUCCCGCGCAGAUGUGACUUCCCAUGAUGAGCUGAGAGAACGAGUCCAUACACUUGAAAAACAGCUCAUCACAGUUAACAAGGACAUUCUUUUAUAUCAUAAGAAGUUUGACCUUCAAGAGGCUGCCAUUGCGAAGCUGCGUGCUGUUGUGGAGAAGUUGGAGUCUACCACAACUUUUACAAAUAACACUGUCCAAC